AUGCAAACGAUCCCAUUAAAGCGAGGCGUAAAUGUUGACCUAUUAACGGAGCUGAAAAAGUUGCUCAAAAAGAAUUUAGAAGGCAAAGAUAUAAAACCGUCUCUGUCAUCUCUGGAAAAAGUCCAGAGCCAGCGUGAUAAAAUUAUCAGGAUCACGGAGUAUCAAGGUCCGAAUGAUAUAACUGACUACAAGUGUUACUUCAGCUAUCUAAACCAAAUCGAGGCAGCGUUCCCACUUUCAGGAACCAAGGCUGCUCCGAUCAAUUGGUCCUGGGCAGUGUGCUAUGGAAAGUCGAAGACAGUGAUCCGCAGCAUUCUGUACGAGAAGGCAUGCGUGCUGUUCAAUAUCGGCGCCCUGUACACGCAAGCCGCUUUCCUUGCGAUCAACGUGCAAGAGCCCGACAUCAUUGCCUGCGAAGUCUGCAUCGACGCUCUCUCCUUCGCCGCCCUCUACUUCCACACCCUCGACGUGCAGUACGCGAUGCACCUCGCCAGCCUCGGCGUCUCCAAGGACCUCACCUCUCCGGUCCUCAAAACCGUACGAUUUCUGGAAUUCCUGAAAUCCAGUUCAAAUCGCUCUGCCUCGCCCAGGCCCAGCACACCUAUUUCCUCAAAGCCAAGGUCUCCAAGCUCACCAACGCGGCGCUAG